CCUUAACAACCGGAGAAGAACCGGCAUAUCCGGCGUAGAGGAGGACGCACACGCUGCUGCUGUUGUUGUAUAUCAUUGCAACUACAUACUGGUCGACACGUUUCUGUGUUACGCUACAAAACUAGUGGACGACGUAUUGCUGUUUGUUGUUCAGCUAUGAAUGUGGGGCCCAUAUAAUCCAGCACUGGUCUGUCAACAUUUAAAGAGCAAGCAUGAGUAGCCUGGAUCACGACCAGCAUCUCCAUCCUAGUUGCCGUGACAAAACAACAGUCACUAGUGAUUCAUCAGACGCUCAUGAGCUUGCCAAGCAGCCUCUCCAAGGUCUAAAAUUGGCAUCACAUGCAGUGUUGGAGGAAGCGCAACAGAAGGGCAGGUUGAAAUGCUCUAAAUGUGGAGGAUCAAGGAUGUUUUUCUGCUACACAUGCUGCUCAUUAGUGGGUGUCACCCCGCAAGACAUCCCUUUAAUCAAGCUUCCUGUCAAGAUAGACAUCAUCAAGCAUCCCAAUGAGACAGACGGUAAGAGCACUGCAAUCCAUGCCAAGAUCCUCGCCCCCAGUGACGUCAACAUAUACACCUACCCCUGCAUACCUGACUACGAAAAGGAAAAAGUGGUGUUGGUGUUCCCUGGUCCAGGGGCUGUGUCGGUUCAAGACAUGAUGCAGUGUUUGCAUCACCAAAGUGACAGCAAAUCAAGUUACACCUUUGAUGAACCCCGCAUAAAGAGACUAAAAAGUGAAGAAGUUCAAGACGCCACAUACACCGCAGAGAACCCGGAGUCAGGGACCCCAGAUGGAGCAAAGGGCUUGGAGUCACGGGUGUUUCCCCUGCAGAAGGUGGUCUUCAUUGACAGCACAUGGAACCAGACCAACAAGAUCAGCACAGAUGAGAGACUACAAGAUUUGCUCCAGGUAGAGCUGAAGAUGAGGAAAACAUGUUUCUGGCGGCAUCAAAAGGGCAAACCAGACACAUAUCUAGCCACUAUUGAGGCCAUUUAUUAUUUCCUCAAGGACUUCCACGAGCAUUGCCUUGCGCAAGAGUACAACGGAGAAUAUGAUAACAUUCUCUUCUUCUACUCAUACCUGCACUCAGUUGUCAGCAAAGCAAAGACUUCUGCUCAAAAAUGUUGAGAGGAAGGACUGAAAUCAAUUAUGAACUGAAGAUUCACAUGCAGGCCCUAAGUGUGUCUGGUUUUAUUUUAUGGUUGAGUGACAUUUCAUUUUGUAAGGGAUACUGUGACAUCUGUUUGUAUAAGAAUAUGCAAUAAAACACAAAAGGUUUUACAAUUGGAAAGACAUGAGUGAGUUUGAUAGAUGAGUAAAUACAAGAAUUAUAACUCUGAAAUCCAAAUCCUACACUCGCACAACAAAAACCGUAGUAAAUAAAUAAUAGUCCGCAAAUUGACAAAACACAAAAACAGUCUACUGUGGGACUUGGG